AUGUCUGACUUUGACAGCGAGGACACCAGCGUGUCGGAUCUGCCUAACAUCUGCGCACUGAUGCAGGCCGCACAAGCGCUGCGCGGCAACUCAAGCGAGGCCCGCUACCUCACGUUCAAGAGCAACGACAUGGCGCGGGCAACUACCGGCUCCAGCCUGAUGCUCGCACCGGCGAGCGCAGACCACUCCGAUUGGGUGCAACGUUUCAACCUGCACGCCGUUGGCCUGAACCCCUCCAACACCCUGUUCAACAUCUAA